AUGUCAACACACCGAGAGCCGAGCGAUUCGACAAUGAAAGGAGAGUCGCAACACGGGAUCAAGCCAGGCCUGCAGGAGACCAACACAAAUGUGACAACAGCCGAUCAGAACAAUACGAAGACAACAAAAAAGAAGCUCUCGCCCUUCCUUGACCACUUCAAUGCGCACGACCUUAAGAUACUAUUCCGCUGCUCGGUCGCGUUAUGGGUCACUUCGCUGUUGAUCGUCAUCGAACCUACGUUGCAAACAUUCGGAAAUGCCACCUUCUUUGGCUGUAUCGUUGUCUUGUUUUUGCUGCCCUCGGGAAUUGUCCUCAUCUUCAUCCUAGGAGGCUUUACGAUAGUCCUUGGUAUGGCUUUAGCGUGGGCUUGGGGCGUAAUUGUCAUGAAAGCAGCACAAGCGACGAGGCCACAAGCUGAGACACAAGCACGAUUGCACCUUUUGAUUGAAGACUCAGUAAGGCUAGCAAACUCGACCGCGUACCCGGCGGCUAGCGUGCUAGUGUAUGAGGGCUUCAUGCUCGACACACGUGUCACUGUCACCUUUUUCUGCCUGUCGUGCUUGUUCAUCUACGGGAAGUACUGUGAUAAAGUAGCGUGCCUGGACAACAUGAAGAGGAUGUGA